CGAAACGACGCACCCUUGACACCUCCAUUCCAUCAAGGCUGAGGAGGGAAGAAGAGGAGAUCCAGAGAGAAUCAUUCAAUAUAUUGUCGGUGGGUUAUCUCCUUCGAACUAUAAAUCUUCUUCAACCCUUAAUUCGAAGCACUUUCCUCUUCGAAAACCAUCUCCAAUAGCUGCUUUUCGGCUCAAAUAAUUUUCUCCUUUCUUUUUGUAAGUUUUUCUUCAACAAACCCCACCACCCUCCUUACUUCGAAUGGAUCAGUUUGGUGUUCUAGUAGAAAGUAUUGGCUUCAAAGCACAUGGGAAAUCAUCGGCCCCAUUGGCCGAUUUGAAGGGCACCAACAAAACCAAUGACAACACCAAUGGUCUCAACGUGGAGUUUUCGUCCUUCAGCCGAUCUAAAUCGCCGUAUAAUUCGAAUCCUCCCCUUAAUGUUGAUGAUCUUGAUGGGAUUUUUAGAUCCGAUAGUAGUAAGGAUAGGAAGCCCCCGAAUUCUGGUUUUGAUGAUGUAUUUGGGGGAGCUGGUUCUGGGGUUAAUGGUAUUGAUUUGGACUCAGUUUUUAAGGUUUCCCAUUCGAAUAAUUACGAUGACGAUGAUGAUGUAUUUGGGUUGAACAAGAGGACCUCAGGAUCGACUUCUGUUGAUUAUUAUCAUACGCUUAACAAGACGAAUCCAAUUGAUGAUUUGCUUGGAAAUUUUGGUGGGAUGGGGAUGGCAUCGAAUGGUUCUAGAAAUAACUUUGGGGGAAAGCAAGCAAAUGCUUCACAAUAUGAUGAUUUACUUGGAAAUUCGAAUGGAAAUGGAAUGAAGUCCAAUGGUCUAAAGAAGAAUUCAGUGAGAAAGCAAGAAGCUGCUUCUGAAUCGGCAGAUUUGCUAUCAGGUUUUGGUAUAAAACCCCCUUCAAGUAACGGAAGGAAAUCAGUAACAAAUCCCUCUCGCCAAUCAAGUGGUCAUUCAGCCAAUUUAUUUUCAAAUUUGGGAGAAGACCCCUUUGUAAUGAUGGAGAGAGCAUAUGGGAGCUCUAAAGCAAAUAAUGGAGCUUCCAGUGUUGAUUAUCUGGAUUCCUUUUUUAGCUCAAGCACCAGACCCAGUCAGAGCUCUACAUCUGAGGAUUCUGUUUACGAUGCUCUUUUCAACAACAAUGGUGGCCCUAAAGCUGAGAAGAAGUCUUUCUCUGAGAGCUCAUACGGCACACAGAAGGCAUCCUCGAAGGCAAAUGGUGGUGAUGACUUCUCUUAUCUUUUUGGAAUGGGAGAUGCCCCUACAGCAGGAGAAUUUCAGGAAAUGAAAGGGGAAAGUGAGGAAAGACGAAGAGCCAGAUUAAACCAUCACAUGACGACCCGGGAGCGCAUGGCUAAAGCAUUGAAUGAGAAGAACAAGCGUGACCUUCAGGCUCAGCGAGAGCAAGAUGAGAAGCUUAGGGUUGCUGCAACUCUAGACGGUGAUAUAAAGCGUUGGGCUGUAGGAAAAGAAGGCAAUUUGCGUGCACUAUUAUCUUCAUUACAACAAGUACUUUGGUCUGGGAGCGGGUGGCAGCCAAUUUCAUUGACUGAUUUGAUUACAUCUACAGCCGUGAAAAAAGCUUAUUACAAGGCGACUUUAUGCAUUCAUCCAGACAAAGUUCAGCAGAAAGGUGCCACUGUUCAACAGAAGUAUAUUGCCGAGAAAGUCUUUGAUCUUCUCAAGGAAGCUUGGAACAAAUUCAAUGCUGAAGAAUUCAAGAAACAAUAAGGAGCUGUUUUUAGCAACAAAAAAGGUAAUGGUUGAGGUGUAUAAAGAGGUACCAGGUGAGCUGUUUUUGGACAAUUAAUUGUAUGUACUCUUUUAAAAGAUUUAAUAUAAGAGGUGGGUGGGUCUGUAUAUGUGAGUGGCAAAGCUACUACUUGGUGAUGUAUUAAUAAGUUUUAUUUAUUUUUGUACAAAAAGAAAUACGUCUUUGGGCCC